UGAGAAUUCCUUUUGGUUCGGUCACAUCGCACACUGCCGACUACAGUACUGUGUUUAAAAAUGAAAGCAAACAAAGUGCAGUGAGCUGGUGCAACAACAAUGGCAUUCGAACAGAUUGCCACUUAUUUCUCGGAACAGGCCAUCACGUCCAGUCUUAUAUAUUUGCCAUCGCACGUGUUCCUGUGGCUGUUGCUACCGUCGGAGAUUCUUUACUACCGGCGACAUCAAACGAGUAAACAAUGCAAAAGUACUUUAGAUCUGUUAGUUUUGUCGGUGAAAAGUAUUUUAAAUACAGUGUUAAUAGUAAUAACCCUAUUAUGGGAUGUGGGGCUUCCCGAGACACCCUUAAUAAUGCGAAGCUUCAAGUCACUAUCAUACUGUAUCACACUGGCGCUGCAUCAUUGCGGUGAACAUUACAAUGUCGGUGAUCAGACAUUUCUUUUGUCAUUCUGGUCAUUGGAGCUGUUGAUCAACUGUAUUCGUAUCGUCGACCAACUGACACUCGGGGGCAUGCUGCAUGCGGGAGUCUUGCUUGCGCUUGCGCUACUAAUCGUGUACUCUAAUGUGACACGACGGGAGGAAAGCGUCGAUCGAGUUGAACCAAAUCUCAUUCGAAUAAUGUACUUCAGUUGGUUCAGCAGAGUCAGUCGAAACGUGCAUCGUUCACAAUUUGAACAACUUGGAGAGUUGGAUACCAGCAUGACAGGGGAACGGUUGAUGAAAUGCUUUACAAAGGGAGAAACACUAGUCGAAGAUCAGUAUGAGAUGAUUUCUAGAGGAGAGUCGGAGCACGUACCGGAAAUAACAAUGUGCAAUCUGCUGCGACCUUUCUGCAGAGAUUUGAUCUACAGUGGAGUGAACCGUUUAUUUAUGACGCUGCUGUUCUUUGUAUGUCCGUUCCUUCUCAGACAAAUUCUACGCAAUGAUCGCCAAGCCUUCACCACCGAAAAUCAUUUUUACGUGAUCAGCAUUUUGAUCGUUUCGUUGACGAUCGCAGCGUUGAACGGAAAAUAUUUGUAUGACACACAGAAGGUCGGGUUGAAAAUCAAAUCUAUCCUCAUGAUAUUAAUCUACGACAAGUCGCUUAAACUGAAGCAUCCAAGUGGCACCGACAUUACCCUACUGACGUUAGAUUCGACAAAGUUCGUCGAAUUGCUUCCCAACUUGCAUUUGAUAUGGUCUGGACCAUUAAUCAUCGCAAUAUCGAUUUUCGGACUGUUGGCCAUUUUAGGUUAUUCGGCUAUGAUCGGAGUAGUGGUAAUGGCUGUUACCAUCUACUUAACCAAACGAAUCACCGACAAACUGCAAAUCCUACAAAAAGAACUCAUGAAUCGCAAAGAUCCUCGAAUAUCACAGACCAACGAGGCAUUUGGGAUGAUUAAGCAGAUCAAGUUCUUUUGCUGGGAAGGUUUCAUCGGUAGCAGAAUACUGCGGCAUCGUAAACAUGAGCUGCAAACGCUAAAACAAAUCGUCUACUGGGACGCUCCCAAAUAUCUUCUCGGCAUCAUUUCACCAUUCUUGGUAUCGCUUGCCUCAUUUGGGUUGAUGAUCGCUUCAGGAAAUUCCAAGGAUUUAACACUUGAAGCAGUUUUUGUCUCAAUCGCUCUUUUCAACAUUCUGAAGUAUCCGUUGUCAAUGCUCCCAAUACUGUCUACCACAUGGACGGCCACGCAAGCCUCCAUCACAAGAAUUAGGAAGUUUCUUAAAGCAGACGAGAUACUUCCACUGGGUGGUGUGAGUCACAAUAUCAAAGCCACGGCACAAUCGCAACAAAUUACAGAAACAUUAGAAGAUGUGUUAACUGUAUGUAGAAAGGCAUUCGACUCCUCAUUAGUUUCCAUUCAACAAGUGUGUGUGAAUCACGGAGAAAAAUCGAUACUUGAUCAAAUAAAUUUACAAGUGCAAGAAGGUUCGUUCGUCAUUUUAACUGGACCAGUUGGUUGUGGCAAGUCGUCACUGCUUUCCGUAAUUCUCGGUGAAAUUGAUAUUUCUGCUGGAUCGAUCAACGUGACCAGCUCCAUCGCAUAUGUUUCCCAAGAGCCAUGGGUCUUGAACCGAUCAAUACAAAAUAAUAUUUUAUUUGGUGAGCAACUAGACCAACCCUAUUACAAUAAAGUCAUUGAAGCCUGUGCUCUACGUGCAGAUAUAGAAUUAUUUUCAAAUAAAGAUGACACUAUUGUAGGAGAAAAGGGAGCAACUAUUUCUGGAGGACAGAAACAGAGACUUGCACUGGCCAGGGCUAUCUAUCAGAAUGCUGAUCUUUACCUUUUGGACGAUCCAUUAAGUUCCGUUGACUCAGAUGUCUCGCAAUAUAUCUAUUCAAAAGUAUUCGGUGAAGGAGGUAUAUUGGAAAACAAAACGAUAAUUAUGGUGACUCAAGACCAACAACAUUUCAAGGACGCGGAUCUGAUUGUAAUGAUGGAAGACGGACGAAUAUCCGAGCGUCACACAUAUCUAUCAUACAAAGAUAAAUACAAUGAAGAAUCAAACUCCACCUGUGCCUCCAUAAAAACUGCAGAACCGUCCUUUACAGAAAUAUCAAAUGGUACUCAAUUGUCCCAUACCCAGGUUCAAAAAGACACCACCAUCAAAGUAUCGCCAAAGGUGUAUUUAAAGUAUCUCAUCAUGCUUGGUACGAUAUCUGCAGGGUUGAUCGUGAUAUUCAAUAUUGCAAUCCCAGUCUGUGAUAUUUUCUCCACUAUUUGGCUAGCGAAGUGGUCCCUCAUCGAUCACCAAUCAGCCACUACAGAGGAUCAUUUUUAUCUCAUAGGCUACGCACUUUUUAUCGUAGUAUUGAUCUUCCUUCUGGUGUGCAACAGCACUCUCAUCACUAUGAGAGGAAUCUCCGUAGCCAAGCAAACUCAUAACAAACUACUGCGCAACACCAUACAUCAGCAGAUGAGUUUCUUCGAUAAUCGAAGUUCUGGUCAAAUCAUGAACCGCUUUUCCAGCGACUUAGACGUGGUGGACUCCAAAAUAUCACUUCACAUGCGGGACUUCCUCACGAACCUCACCAGUGUGAUCGGCAUUCUCAUCUUAUUUUGCUUCGACACAUCGGUGUACAUCGUGAUUGUUCUCAUCGCGAUCAUAGUCGUCUACUACUUCCUGCUGUUCUACCAUCUUGAAACGUCGCGACACUUAAAACGCAUGGAGGCCCGUAGCAAAGCACCGAUCAUUCUGCACUUCAACGAAUCUCGCGAAGGACGUUCAACGAUCCGAGCCUUCCGGAGUGAGGAACAAUUUCGAAGAGAAUUCAUGAAAGUUUUGGAUCGCCACCAACACUAUUUCUAUUUGUAUCUGGCAUCCAGCAGAUGGUUGGGUAUCCGCUUGGAGAUCAUAGGUGCGAUUGUUAUCUACUUCGUGGCAAUGCUGGCCGUUCAUAAUGAAGAAACUAUCGGGGCUUCCAGCGUUGGUGUUAGCAUAAGUUACGCCCUUCGGUUAAUCCCAUUGCUCAACGCCUUGGUCCGAAUGACUGCCCUGCUGGAAGAGAAUGCUACCUCUUUAGAGAGGAUCGAUGAGUAUUUGAACGAACCGAAUGAACUGUCCUUGGACUGCAGUAGGAAAUCGGUUCCCCCAGAAUGGCCAAAUAAAGGUAUAAUAGAAUUUAAUGAUUUUGCCAUGGAGUAUAGCCAUCAUAAUGUCGCACUGAAAGACAUAACGCUGAAGAUUAAUUCUCAUGAAAAGAUCGGAAUUAUCGGAAGGACAGGAGCUGGAAAGACGAGUCUAAUCAGUGCAUUGUUUCGAUUGUAUCCUUCGCAUACUCAAGGGACGAUAAAAAUCGAUGCAAUCAACAUCCAAGAAGUUCCCUUGCGUUACUUGAGACGCAAUCUAACGAUCAUUCCUCAGUGCCCACUGCUUUUUUCAGGCACCAUUCGAGAAAACCUUGAUCCAUGUAGGGAACAAUUGAACGAUUCCGAUCUUUGGCAAGCGUUAGAUUGUUGCAACUUGAAGCAAUUGGUCGCGACACUUCCGAACCAACUGGAUACCACAAUAGACGAGCGUGGAACAAACCUAUCCGUGGGACAAAAGCAACUGCUUUGCCUGGCAAGAUGCAUUCUUCGGAGAUCGAAGAUCGUGAUUUUGGAUGAAGUCACUUCAACGAUGGACACGGACACAGAGAAAACUAUGCAGCAUGUGUUGUUUAGUGCUUUUCGGAAUUGUACGGUUCUGAUGAUCACCCACAGAGUGAACACUAUUCAACAAGUCGAUCGAGUGCUGCGUAUGCAGCAAGGACGGGUCGUGAAAUAUGAUCAGCCGAACAGGUUUGAUGAUCGAGAUCUGAUGGACCUAUGAUACUUGUACUUAUGAGAAUUGCCAUACUUAAGAUAUUAUAUUUUAAAUGUUUAUAUACACAAAUAUUUUAGCUUAUUGGAGCUUGGAUUGACUGCACUGCAUCGCCACUUCGUGAUUAACCAGAAUCAGUGAAAUUGUACAAUUGGUAUUGGUCCAAUAUUCUCAGUGUGCAUGUUUCAGUGACUCAAGCAUUUAAACGAUGUAUAACGGCGUCGGGCACGUCCUUGCAGUCAUGUCAGGUAGGAAGAUGAAUAUUAUUAAGUGGUAAUAUUAUUAAGUGUUUUUUGCUGGUUGGAGUUCGUGUUACUAAAAAAACUAGAAAUGAGAGGGAUGGCUGCAUUAGGAAUCACUUUUAUAACUAUUGCGACCGUAUCAGUUUUAUUACACAUUAAUUUUAAUGAUUUUCUUAGAAUAUGCGUCAAUAAAUCUAAAUAAUUUACAGUUUCUAUCAAUCUAUAAAUCAAAAAAAGUUUCAUACAUGUUAUUUUCAUUGUAUUUGGUCGAACAUGAAUCUGACAAAACACAUCCGGUAAUCAUUUUUUCACACGCAAAAAAAGCGUUCCCGAAUUCGUGAACCAGCAAAAAUACACCGUGAUUUAAUUCUUGGAUUCGGGAACACCAGUCACGUUUUCCAGAACGUUCCAGAAAACGUGACUGUAUUUCCGAAUCCGUGAGUGUUGUUCACGAAAAAAUACACCGUGAACGCGUUAGAUCACGAAUUCAUGAACGCUUUUUUUUUUAACCAUCUGAAGUAUAUUCCUGGAUUGAUAGUAAGAAAAAAACAAGCACUCUGUUCACCUAUAUGAAAAUUUAUCUAACCCAACAUAUUAACAUUAACGUUUUCUUUAAUAGAGAUUUUUAUUUAAUUAUUAUUAAAAUUCUUUACCUCUUUCAUUUCAAAUUCGAUGAUAUUGUAUUUACCUUGAUUCUAUAUACGUACAACUGUAUGAUUAAUGUGAAAUAAACCGAAGAAAACGAAAAU